GGUUCAUAGCAAACUGUUUUCCUCCUUCGUGUAUUCCCCCCCUCAUUCAUGGACGCAAUCCACAAAGACUCUCACUUUCAUCUCCCAUCUUCCAAAAAUCACUAGCAAACGCUCUUCCUGCUCAACCAAAAUUCCCCAGCUCUGAAGAAUUUGAGUACCAAAACAAACACCUCUGACAGGUUUAUUUUUCAGAAUUUUGUCCGUUUUUCUUGCCAAAUUACACAAAAUUAUGAUUUUUUCUGUGUUAAUCUUGCAAUGGUGAUUAUGCAGUUAGUGGGUUUUGCUCUGAUGUUUCAGUAGAGUAAGUGUUGUUGUAGGAAAAGCAUGGCUUCUUGUUUUUCUGUAGUUUCCAAUACUGGGUUCUUAUCUGUCCCAAACAAAUUGGAAUUUAAUGGCGGAAAGUCCAAGUCUUUGGGGAGGUAUAAAGAUUUUUACUGUAGUUCAUUUGGUUUUCGGUCGGCGGGGUUUCAUAAAUUUCGAAACUUUCAACAUGGGUUGUUUUGGAACAAUGAGCUUAGGCCGCUGAUGAAUGGAAACAAUGGAGUUUGGUUAGAGGGAUUGAAUAAUUGUUGUAAUUCUAGACAUAAGUUGUGUUGUUACAAUAAAAUUGAGCCAUUGACAAAUGCGAAUAGCGCGAAUAAGCAGAUCCAUUUGGGGAAGAAAGGAGACACUAAGUUGAGAUCUUUGAGGAGGCGAUUUUCUUUGAGAUUACGCCCGAGGUUGCGGUGGUUGGCUAUGAGAGUGAAAAGAGUUACAAUUCAGUCAGUGUUGAAUGGUGUUCGGACCUUCUUGCGAAAGAACAUAAGACGAGUGACGCUUGUUUCUUUGGUUUCUGUAAUAUUGGGGCUGACCUAUCUGUUUCUGAAGUUAACAGCUGUGCCCUCUCCAAAAAUGGUUCCAUAUUCAGAAUUGGUAACAAGCCUGAGAAAUGAGUCUGUUACGAAAGUUCUACUUGAAGAGGGGUCUCGUCGAAUAUAUUAUAACACAAACUCUCGCAUCGAUGGGGAUACUCAAUUGUCUGAAGGAGAAUUACCAAGCGUCCAAAGUGAGAAUGUGGCCGAUAAAGUUACAAGUGAUGAUGGUUCUCGAUCUAGUCAAGCACUGAAUACGAAUGUAUUGAGAAAUUUAUCAGCGACUCAAGCUUCAACCCCUGACUGGCAGUAUUUGACUAGAAAAGUAGAUCAUGAUGAGAAAUUUUUACUUAGUUUGAUGAGAGAGAAAGGAAUUACAUAUAGCUCGGCUCCGCAAUCAGUUUUGAUGUCAAUGAGGACUACUUUGAUAACUAUAAUAUCUCUGUGGAUUCCUUUGAUGCCAUUGAUGUGGCUUCUUUAUCGUCAACUUUCAGCUGCUAAUAGCCCAGCUAGAAAGCAGCGACCUGAUAAGCAGUCGGUUGGAUUUGAGGAUGUUGAGGGAGUUGAUGCUGCAAAAUUGGAGCUUAUGGAGAUAGUUUUAUGCUUGCAAGGAGCUAUUAACUACAACAAACUAGGAGCAAAGUUACCCAGAGGUGUAUUGCUGGUGGGUCCUCCAGGAACAGGGAAAACAUUACUUGCCCGUGCAGUGGCUGGAGAAGCAGGUGUACCAUUUUUCAGUGUUUCUGCCAGUGAAUUUGUGGAGAUGUUUGUUGGAAGAGGGGCAGCUCGCAUUAGAGAUCUUUUUAAUAUGGCAAGGAAGCAUUCACCUUCAAUUAUAUUCAUUGAUGAGCUUGAUGCCGUUGGAACGAAACGUGGCAGAAGUUUCAAUGAUGAGCGUGACCAAACAUUGAAUCAGUUGCUGACGGAAAUGGAUGGAUUUGAGUCAGACUCGAAGGUUAUUGUUGUUGCUGCAACAAACAGGCCUGAAGUAUUGGAUUCUGCCCUUUGUAGGCCAGGCCGCUUCUCAAGAAAAAUAGUUGUAGGGGAACCAGAUGAAGAAGGAAGGAGAAAGAUAUUGGCUGUACAUUUGAGAGGAGUUCCUUUGGAGGAAGACACUAAUCUUAUUUGCGAUCUCAUUGCUUCACUGACACCAGGUUUUGUAGGUGCUGAUCUUGCAAACAUCAUCAAUGAAGCUGCUUUACUUGCUGCUCGUAGGGGUGGUGAAACUGUGGCCAGGGAAGAUGUAAUGGAAGCAAUUGAAAGAGCAAAGUUUGGAAUUAAUGAUAAGCAACUUAGGCCGAGUACAAUAAGCAAGGAGCUCGGGAAAAUGUUCCCAUGGAUGCCUUCUCUGAUGGGAAAGAACACAAGACAAGAUGGAGUGCAAGGGCCACUAGGAUAUCAAACUCUGAGCUGAGUAUGUACAUACGUUCUAGCGUGAUACCAUGACCUUUUCCCAGAAGGCCGAUUCUACACGAGGCUUCUCUGAUGCAAGUCCGGCACUAUAUGAGAAAGCAGGUCCGGUGCUAUAUGAGGAACGACUGCUAAGAAGUGGGCAGCCGAUCAGAUAGGAUCGUAUUUGCAAUGUCAUGAGAAUUUCGAACCUGAGGGAACUACGAAGAUGCAAUCGGGUAUCGAGUAGAUUCGAUGUCAAGAUAUUGCAAAGCAUACCAUGAACGUACACAUGAACUGUUUUUCCAGGUUAGAUGCAUUAGGUUUUCAUUUUUGGAUAAUAUUGGUUGAAGCACAUUGCUGUAUCUUUCCAUUGUAUUUAUGAUAUUGAAAGGGCGAUCCAAGCCAACAAGGCUUUCCGCUUUGCAAGAGUCA